AACGCUCAGAUACUCCUGUCCUGACCCAGGGAACAUUUGCUUGCCGUUGUGGGAGCAGAUGUGAGCUCCCUUGACUUUUGGCUUCACGUUCCCGUUUUUCCAUUCAAGGCUGGUUUUUAUUCUUCCAUAUCCGAUUGGACGGACUCGUAAUUCUUUACAGCGAUCAGGAAGCUGUGCAGGCUGUGGCUUAAGAAAGAAACAUGGCUUCCCAGGCUGAUCUGAUGGAGCUGGACAUGGCCAUGGAGCCCGACCGCAAGGCGGCCGUCAGCCACUGGCAGCAGCAGUCCUACCUGGACUCAGGCAUCCACUCGGGGGCCACCACCACAGCCCCGUCCCUCAGCGGCAAGGGCAACCCAGAGGAGGAAGACGUGGACAACCAGGUCCUCUACGACUGGGAGCAGGGCUUCAACCAGAACUUCUCCCAGGACCAAGUGCAAGACCUCGACGGGCAGUACGCCAUGACGCGCGCCCAGAGGGUGCGGGCGGCCAUGUUCCCCGAGACCCUCGAGGAGGGCAUGCAGAUCCCCACCACCCAGUACGACGGCGCCCACCCCACCAACGUCCAGAGGCUGGCGGAGCCCUCGCAGAUGCUGAAGCACGCCGUGGUCAACCUGAUCAACUACCAGGACGACGCCGAGCUAGCCACCCGCGCCAUCCCCGAGCUCACCAAGCUGCUCAACGACGAGGACCAGGUCGUGGUGAACAAAGCGGCCGUGAUGGUCCACCAGCUGUCCAAGAAGGAGGCGUCGCGCCACGCCAUCAUGCGCUCGCCGCAGAUGGUGUCGGCCAUCGUUCGGACCAUGCAGAACACCAACGACGUGGAGACGGCCCGCUGCACCGCCGGCACGCUCCACAACCUGUCCCACCACAGAGAGGGCCUGUUGGCCAUCUUCAAGUCCGGGGGCAUUCCCGCGCUCGUCAAGAUGCUAGGCUCCCCCGUGGACUCGGUGCUGUUCUACGCCAUCACCACCCUCCACAACCUGCUCCUGCACCAGGAGGGCGCCAAGAUGGCCGUCCGCUUGGCCGGCGGGCUCCAGAAAAUGGUGGCCCUCCUCAACAAGACCAACGUCAAAUUCCUGGCCAUCACCACCGACUGUCUCCAGAUCCUGGCCUACGGGAACCAGGAGAGCAAGUUGAUCAUCCUGGCCAGUGGCGGCCCCCAGGCGCUGGUGAACAUCAUGAGGACCUACACCUACGAGAAGCUGCUGUGGACCACAAGCCGAGUGCUCAAAGUGCUGUCCGUCUGCUCCAGCAAUAAGCCCGCCAUCGUCGAGGCCGGCGGCAUGCAGGCGCUGGGUCUCCACCUGACAGACCCCAGCCAGAGACUGGUCCAGAACUGUCUCUGGACUCUCAGGAACUUGUCAGACGCUGCCACCAAACAGGAGGGGAUGGAGGGCCUUCUGGGAACCCUGGUCCAGUUGCUAGGCAGCGACGACAUCAACGUCGUGACCUGCGCCGCCGGCAUCCUGUCCAACCUCACGUGCAACAACUACAAGAACAAGAUGAUGGUCUGCCAGGUGGGCGGGAUCGAGGCGCUGGUGCGCACGGUUCUCCGCGCCGGCGACCGGGAAGACAUCACGGAGCCCGCCAUCUGCGCCCUGCGUCACCUGACCUCCCGGCACCAGGACGCCGAGAUGGCCCAGAACGCCGUCCGGCUGCACUAUGGCCUGCCCGUGGUGGUGAAGCUGCUGCACCCGCCCUCACACUGGCCCCUCAUCAAGGCCACGGUGGGGCUCAUCCGGAACCUGGCGCUGUGCCCCGCCAACCACGCGCCCCUCAGGGAGCAGGGCGCCAUCCCCCGGCUGGUCCAGCUCCUGGUGAGAGCGCACCAGGACACUCAGAGACGCACCAGUAUGGGGGGCACGCAGCAACAGUUCGUGGAGGGGGUCCGUAUGGAGGAGAUCGUGGAGGGCUGCACAGGAGCGCUCCACAUCCUGGCCAGGGACGUCCACAACAGAAUAGUCAUCCGAGGACUCAACACCAUUCCACUCUUCGUACAGCUGCUGUACUCGCCCAUCGAGAACAUCCAGCGCGUGGCGGCCGGCGUGCUCUGUGAGCUGGCCCAGGACAAGGAGGCGGCGGAGGCCAUCGAGGCGGAGGGCGCCACCGCCCCGCUGACGGAGCUGCUGCACAGCCGCAACGAGGGCGUCGCCACCUACGCCGCCGCCGUGCUGUUCCGCAUGUCCGAGGACAAGCCCCAGGACUACAAGAAGAGGCUCUCCGUGGAGCUCACCAGCUCCCUCUUCAGAACAGAACCCAUGGCCUGGAACGAGACCGGAGAUCUGGGCCUGGACAUCGGAGCCCAGGGCGAACCUCUGGGGUACAGACAAGAAGACCCCAGCUACCGUUCCUUCCACACGGGGGGCUACGGCGGGGACACGAUGGGCCUGGAGCCCAUGAUGGAGCACGAGCUGGCCGGGGGGCACCACCCGGGCCAGGACUACGCCCCGGUGGAGGGUCUGCCCGACCUGGGCCACGCCCAGGACCUGAUGGACGGCCUGCCCCCUGGUGACUCCAACCAGCUGGCCUGGUUCGACACGGACCUGUAGACGGUACGCCAUGCGGACCGUCCUCACAACACUUUCUACUAGCUGUAUCAUGUGAUCUGGAUGAACCUGCAUUGUAAUUCGCCCACACCGAGGAGGCGGGGUUUCAGAAAGUGCCUGAAGACGACUGGACUCGAAGACGAGACACGGAGUCGCCCAGCUGCGACUCAACGGGGACAAACUAGAUGUGAAGUGCGCUUCUGGUGUCUCGGCCCAAGCUGUGGGCUCACUGAAAAUCCUGACAUGACGAAGAGAUGGAGCUCAAUUUUAAAAAGAACCCUUCUAUGUAUUUUUUUCUUUUUACUCUGUUGACCAUUUUAUUCAGAUUUUCCUUUUUUCGUUUUGUUUUUUGUCUGUAAUGGUACUGAUUCAAGCUUGCUUUAAGAUCAUUUCUUAUUAUAAUCCUCUUUGUUUUUUUUGCAGUACUUUGUAUCUUAAAUCUGGUAGUGUUGAGUUUUUCUAGUGCUGAUGCUCAAUCCAAGUAAAAAGGUUUUCGUUUUUUCCGUUCGCGUUUUUAAAUGGCGUCCACUAACACUAAGGAAAUUAAUCAGUUGAAUUGUAUUCAGAAGACAAAGUGUAACAUUGUGUAGCUUUUGUAUAAAAAAAAAA